UUUAUUUUAAAAGAAAUUAAACCCACAUAUAUUAUUGUAAAAGAAAAAAAAGAGAGAGAAGGGUCUGGUUUGGCAUGUAUCACGUGGCCAAUGAUGUUGAGAGAAAUGAAAAAACUAAUUGAUUUGAUAAUAUAAUGUUGCAAAAGCUAAGAUACAAAUACUUCAUAUAUAUAUAUAUAUAUAUAUAUAUAUAUAUAUAUACUCUUUCUUUGCUAGCUGUUAAUGAAAGAAAGAGAUUUUUUUUGAGAAAAUUAUGGAGGUUCCAUCAAUAAUGUCGACGCCGGUGACCGGAUUAGCCGUGGUCGCUGCAGUGGUGGUUAUAGGUUUGACCUACUUGGUUUAUAGAUGGAGAAAUCCUAAAUGUAAUGGAGUUCUUCCUCCGGGUUCCAUGGGCUUCCCUCUCAUCGGAGAAACCCUUCAGCUCAUUGCUCCCGGUUACACUCUUGACCUUCCUCCCUUCAUCAAGAAAAGAGUUCAGAAAUAUGGACCCAUAUUCCGGACGAGUUUGGUGGGUCGAUCCAUUGUUGUAACAGCUGACCCUGAAAUCAACAGUUUCAUAUACAACCAAGAGGGAAGGACUGUGGAGCUUUGGUAUCUAGAUUCCAUCUCCAAGGUGUUUAAGCAAGACGGCGAGGCUAAAACCACCGCCGGUGGAGCCAUCCAUAAGUACCUUCGAAGCAUCACUUUAAACCACUUCGGUUCUGAAAGUCUCAAGUCCAAGCUACUGGCUGAUAUCCAACGAUACGUUGAUAAAGUCCUCAUCCAAUGGUCUAACCAGCCCUCCGUAGAAGUGCAACGCGGAACUCUUACCAUGUUAUACGAUUUCAAUGCGGAUGUAAUGUUCGGAUAUGACCCUGAAAAGUCUAAUGAGAAUAUAAGUGAGAGCUUAAUCACAUUAGCUGAUGGUUUCAUGUCUUUCCCAGUGAACAUCCCAGGAACUAAGUAUAACAAGUGUCUUAAGGCACAAAAGAAGUUGGUCAACAUGUUCAAAACUCUCGUCAAAGAGAGGCACCAAGCCUCCGUUGCCGCUGCUCGUGGGGAUUUUCUCGAUCAAGCCCUUCGCGACAUUGAAAACGAACAGUUUCUCACUGAAGAGUUCGUUGUCAAUUUGUUGUUUGGUAUUUUAUUUGCCAGUGGCUCUGUUUCUGGAUCUCUUACCCUGAUGUUCAAGUUACUUGCAGAAAAUCCAUCCGUCGUUGAAGAGUUGACUGCUGAGCAUGAGAAGUUUUUGAAACAGAGAAAAGAUCCAGAAUCUCCCAUCACAUGGGAGGAAUACAAGUCAAUGACAUUUACACUUUACGUUAUAUACGAAAUUUUUAGAUUAUCAAACGCAAUGCCUUUUCUGUUGCGGAGAACUACAAAAGAUGUGAACAUAAGAGGAUAUACAAUUCCAGCAGGGUGGACGAUAAUGGUUGCCAAUUCAGCUCUUCAUUUGAACCCUGAAACCCAUAAGGAUCCCUUGGACUUCAACCCAUGGCGCUGGAAGGACCAAGACCAGUAUUCGGUUUCGAAGAACUUGCAGCCUUUUGGAGGAGGAACUCGACAAUGCGCCGGGGCAGAUUACAGCAGGGUUUUCAUGGCCAUCUUCCUCCACACUCUUGUCACCAAGUAUAGUUGGAAAGUGGUGAAGGGAGGAGAAGUUUCUCGAAGUCCUAUUCUCAAAUUUGGUGAUGGCAUUCAUGUCAGCUUCUCAGCAAAAGCUUAAAUUAGUCUCAAUAUGGAAUGGAAAGGAAUGAGCUAAAUCCAAAUGAAAACAAAAAAAAAAAUGAAAGCAGCUUUGAUUUUGUUCUUGUUUACUUGAAUCAGUAGCAUUCUCUCGUUUUUGUUCGUUAACUAUGUUUUUAUUGAAUAAAGACUUGAUACCAUUUGUAUACAUACCGAUCGAGUGUAGUUUAUCACUGUCAUAUUUUAACAUCGUUAUAUCAGGAAGUUAAGAUCUUAUCCCCUUCUAUUUA